GCGGGAGCGUGACGGCCGCAGCUCCCCAGCCCUGCCGGUCCCGCGGGCCGCCGCGCUCCUCUCCCCCUUUUCCUGCGGGGUGACGGCCCUGUGACUUCCCCUCUCCACACGCCUGUACUGCCCGCCGGCGCAGCUCCCUUCCCGCCCGGCUCUCCUCCGCGGCGCCGCUUCCCUCCUCCCCUCGCCGGCGGAGGAAGGAGGCGGCCGCCGGCCCUCCCCGACCGCGCAUGCGGCAGUGCCGGGCCGGGGCAGCGCUGCCGCGCUCGGGGGCUGAAGUGUGGGUGUCCCUUCCCCCGGCCCCGUCCCCUCCUCCCCCGCGGGCCCCCGGCAGCGCCCCCGCAGAUGGGCUUGGGCUGGAGCAGCGCGGAGGAGCGGCGGCCCCUCCUGCCGCCCCCGCAGCAGCAGCCGCGGCCGCAGCCGCGGGGGCCGGCGGGGGGCCCGGCGGUGCGGCUGSCACCGCUGUCGGGCCGGGUGUACGGGCGGCGGUGGCUGGUGCUGCUGCUGUUCUCGCUGCUGGGCUUCGCGCAGGGCCUGGUGUGGAACACCUGGGGCCCCAUCCAGAACUCGGCCCGCCUGGCCUUCGGCUUCAGUGGCUGGGACAUCGCCCUGCUCGUCUUCUGGGGGCCCAUCGGCUUCGCGCCCUGCUUCUUCUUCAUGUGGCUCAUGGACAAGAAGGGUCUGAGAGUAACAGUGUUACUAACAUCAUCCCUCAUGGUAUUGGGAGCUGGCCUGAGAUGUGUUCCGGUUUCAGACAUAGAAAUUAGAAAAAAGCUGAUUCACGGAGGGCAGCUGUUGAACGGUUUGGCGGGGCCCACGGUGAUGAACGCGGCUCCGUUCCUCUCCACCACCUGGUUYUCCCCGGACGAGCGCGCCACGGCCACGGCCAUCGCCUCUCUGCUCAACUACCUGGGCUGUGCCGCCGCYUUCCUGGUGGGGCCUCUGGUGGUGCCCCCUCCCAACGGCACAGCGCUGCUGMUGGCACCGAGCAACACCCAGCACAUCAAGGACCGCAUCGAGGCCGUGCUCUAUGCAGAAUUUGGAAUGGUUUCCCUGAUAUUUUCUGCAGCGUUGGCCUACUUCCCCUCGCGCCCUCCAUUCCCCCCCAGCGUGGCUGCAGCGAGCCAGCGACUCAGCUACAGGAGAAGUUUUUGCAGACUYUUAAGCAAUUUCCGAUUCUUGAUGAUUGCUUUAGCCUAUGCGAUACCACUGGGUGUUUUCUCUGGCUGGUCUGGYGUUCUGGAUUUGAUAUUAACACCCAUUCAUGUAAGCCAAGUGGACGCAGGCUGGAUUGGAUUUUGGUCUAUAGUUGGAGGUUGUGUUGUUGGCAUAGCAAUGGCAAGAUUUGCAGAUUUUAUCAGGGGCAUGCUGAAGUUCAUACUGCUACUGCUUUUAUCUGGAGCAACAUUAGCAUCAACCUGGUUCACUCUCACCUGUCUAACUACUGUCACUCAUCUGCCUUUAACAACAGCUACACUGUACACAUCCUGCAUUUUGCUGGGUAUAUUCCUCAACAGCAGUGUACCAAUAUUCUUUGAGCUCUUUGUGGAGACAGUCUACCCUGUUCCAGAAGGAAUAAGCUGUGGAGUUGUCACCUUUUUGAGUAAUGUGUUCAUGGGAGUGCUUUUGUUUUUCCUCACAUUUUACCAUACAGAGUUUUCCUGGUUCAACUGGUGCCUGCCAGGGUCGUGUCUGCUCAGCCUGCUCCUCAUCCUGUGCUUCCGCGAGUCCUACGACAGACUCUAUCUCGACGUCGUCGUCUCCGUGUGAUCACACCGGACUGGUGAGGGCUUGGAAGAGACUGGAAGUUGGCUUUGCAGUCUGCACAUCUGCCUGGAGUUGCACAGCUGAACAGCAGAAAAACAAAGAAAUUUCAAGACUUUGGCUUUAUUUAGAGAGGGUGAGGGAUGGGUUGUUCUUAUGUUCAAGACCAUCUUGAUCUGCCAUAAAUGUGGAACUGGAGUGGUGAUGGUGACACCAAAAUGCACAAAGAGAAUCUCUCUGCUGUCCAGGUCCCUGUGCCAGGGCUGGGGCUCUCUGUUGAGGAGGCUGUUGGUGUAGCAGUGAGGUGUAUGUUGUGUGUGUGUGUGUGUGUGUGUGCCUGUGUGCUGACUCACGGUUGUUCACACCAGGGUACCAGACGGAGUCUUCUAUCAGAACAGAAAUAGGGAAUAAUCUUAACAAAAGGAAAAAAAUAAGAAAAGAAAACAAAAAUCCUCAAGAUCUCUUAAAAAUCACUAGUCAUUUAUAUAUU